CGCUGAUAGCGACAAACGUCGCCGGCGUCGCGGUGCCGGCGCUGGUGGUGGGAGCCGCCUCCGUUUUAUUUCUGUCCCGGCUUCGUCGGGGCCGGUUUCGCGAGUGUAUCGCGAGCACGCUUCCCUUGAACGCGUGAGAAUCUUUCUCGCGUGCGUCAAACGACGACGACAACGACAACGACAACGACAGUGACGAGGAUUCAGGAUGGAGGACAGUUACAUUGUGCACAGGCGUCGCAAGGCGGCCGCCAGGAAGCGCGAGAAGACCCCCGAUCCUUCGUCGAGGGGUACCGCGUCGCGAAUGGACACUUCGGAUGAUGAGGACGAGGAGAGGCGAGCCAGAAUGGAAAGGAUGGCUGAGGAGGCCGAGCAAAUGGAGCAGCAGAAAGAAAACAGACUGAUGCAACAGCAACAGCUAGAAACACCUGCGAAGGAACCCAAAGAGAUUAGGGAUAGGAAGAGAGACGACCAGGAAGGAGAGGAACCGGUCAAGAGGAAGGACAGGGCUGAGGCGAGGAAUUCCGCGAACGUGGAUGACAUGAUCGCCAUACGCGCCGAAGUAGCAGCUAAAUCAGCGGCGACGACGGCCGCGACGGCUAGGAAUAGUUCAAAGACACGUGAGAGUGACGUCGCAGCGAGUGGCGGCGAUAGCAACACACAGCCGAUAAAGCAGAUGAUGGAGGUGGCGAACAAAUCUGAUGAUGGUAUCGUGAGACGGAGGAGCUUCAGGAACGAAAGCGUUCAGGUCACGAGAGAAAAGGAUGUCCAGGAAACGUCGGAGACGCCGAAGGAGACUAAUGGCGCGACGGCCAGGCCCCCGGAAGUCCGCAAAGUGGAGAGGCGGUUCAAGCGGAAAUCGAAGGAGCGCGUAGAACGGUACAGCCGCUCGACGGACUCCAGCGACAUGGACGUGGAUGACAGAAGCGAGUCAAGUCGAAGGAGGACCAAGUCACCGGAAGUGGCGAGGCCGAGAGUGAAGAAGGCAAGCGGAAGAAGUCGAGUCAGCGAUCCGGAGGUUCAGAAGAGGGACGCCGAGAGGAUGAACCGAGAGAAGAGAUCGUCGAGCCGGCAGAAAGUGGAGGAUGAGCCUGAGAAGACAAAAGAUAAGGACAGAACGAAGGAAAAGGACAAAGACUCCGAGAGAUCGCGCUCGAGGCCUUACAGCCAGGCAGAGGACAGUGACGAGGAUGCGAGGAUGAUCAGAAAGAGCGAGAGCGUCCCGUCGAGACCUGCCGACGAGCGAGUGAUGAAGAAGUCCUCGACCGAGAAGCUGAAGAAGCAGAUUAUCCCGCUGAGCAAUGACAGUCUGAUAGAGGACUUUGCGAGGGCUCAGAAGGUCUACCUGUUGAGAGAGCGCAGCAUCCUUGAUCCGGAGCCAGAGGAUGUGUUCCAGGACGCGGUUGAAACAAGUGUUUUGAGAAGAAGAAAGUUCAGCCUGGCGCACACCGAGAGCGAACACGAGGAGAUCGUUCAAGAUGUGACGCGAUCUUUCGAUGAUAAGACGAAGUCAUGGUUUUCCUGGUUGCCCUUUUGGCGCAAGAAAGAGGAAGUUAAUGAUGACACGAAGAAGAACAUUGAAGACGAGCCGAAGCCGAUUCCGAAGACUGAAGAGAUCAAGACAAUAAAGCGAGAAGUCGAAUCAGAAAAAGUUACCUUCUUGGAUUUCGUCAAGGCUCUCAGAGACAUCGUCAGCGAAUUCAAGGCCUUCGUGGCUCAGAAUCCGCGGGAAACAACGAUCAUCAGGCGGCUGCGCAAUCGUUGCAUUGCUGGACUAUUGCUCGUGAUAAUUUACUGCGGCCUAGGCGCAUUCAUCUUCCGGUUCAUCGAGGGCGCGUUCGAGACGUUCUACAAGUGCGGCGUGAAACGCGUCAAAAGGGAUUUCCUUGAUAGUCUGUGGAACUAUAGUCACAAUCUAAGAGAGGACGACUGGAAGAGCAUGGCGCGUAAAAAGCUGAUGGAGUUCGAGGAACAACUUCACACUGCGCACGAGGCUGGUUUGCACUCCUACAGCGGUCAAAAGAGUUGGAGCUUCUUAAACGCAGUGGCGUACUGUCUCACCGUCAUUACCACCAUCGGAUAUGGACACAUCUCGCCAAGUACGAACGCAGGAAGAGCAAUCACGAUCGUUUAUGCCAUCUUUGGUAUCCCAAUGUUCCUCAUCGUUCUAGCGGACUUUGGUAAAUUAUUCACGCGCGGUAUAAAGUUCCUGUGGGCAUUUGUGAGGAGGUUGUACUACACCGGUAGUUGUCGGAAGGUCCGUCGCACCGUACCCGUUCAGGAAGUCAUGAAGGGCGUGCAACUCGUCUACGAUCUCGCGACGUUCCGGAGGCCGUCGCAGAUGAAUCCGGAGGAGAUCCAGGAGAUGCAGAAGCAGCAGGCUCAACAGCCGCAGACGGUCCUGAAUCUGGACGCCAACUCGCCAGACACACCGGGUACACCGGCUUUAUCAGCUUUCGCCAUCGACGACGAGUUCAAUCUGCCUAUCUCGGUGGCAAUCUUCAUCCUCCUGGGUUACAUUUUCAUAGGAGCCACGCUAUAUAACUUGUGGGAGCAUUGGGGAUUCUUUGAGAGCUUCUACUUCGUCUUCAUCUCCAUGAGCACUAUUGGCUUCGGCGACUAUGUGCCAAAGAUGCACCCCGCAUACAUGAUGUGUUCGAUAGUAUACCUGGUGUUCGGUCUGGCUCUCACGUCCAUGUGCAUCAACGUCGUACAGGUGAUGCUAUCGGACUCGUUCAGACAGGCGAGUCAGAAAAUCGGAGCCACGAUCGGCUUCGAGGUCGCCGAGGAUGACAACUCGGUGAAACCGGCGCCGCCGCCACCGGUCGAGAUCGCAGACGUCCACACGAGCAUGAAGGAGUCCGAGAGCGGCGUGAAGAUCGCGCCUAAGGCCAAACAGGAAGACGUCGAGCUGUAGACGCAUUUCUGCCAGGAAAGAUUUCUCUCCUACACGUUUCGCGAUCGUGCGCCGUGCACUCGUUUCUCGAGCUAUGCGUGCUCGUUUGUCCGGCCUCAAACGAGUAAUCGCCCGCUCUGACUUACGCAACACACGGGGAUACACACUAAUUAUCGCAGCACGCACGCAAUCAAGCCUCAAGUGGCUUGAGGAAUAAUCACCGUCGGGACCGUCCUUACGCACGUGAUUCGAAAUUCGUAAUAAUACGUAAUCCGAAGAUUGAGGCGAAAAUCACUGCAAGUUUUUGAGACAAAGAGCGUAGCGAUGUGCUCAAAUUAAAACGACUGGAUUCCGAAAUCUUUGACGUUUCUCAGGAUGGAAUCGUUAUUUCGGUCAGAGUACUAAUUACUAACUUGAAUUAUUUCCGAUUAACUUCCAGCUGGAAUGUGAAUAUGUAAAAUUAUUCUUUAAAUCAGACCUUUUAAAAUCGAUUUCGGACUUCCGGAUUUAUUCGUCGAUAUAGAGGCGGUUCCGAUUUCAUUUCUAGCGAAUUUUUCGCCGGCAGCGAAUUUUUCGAAGCACCGUACGCUACUACUACACGUCCGUCUAUCGCAUGAAAUCGCGUCGCAGAAAUGCGAUGUUUCCUUCGAAUGUACAUAUUUCUGAGGCGCGCGAGAACGGAGAUAGCGAUUUUUGAAACUGGAGAUUUAAUGUCGUGAUCGUGUAUGCGUGAUCCAACGAAAGUACCGAAACGAAUUUAUCUAAAAUUAAACGCACAAGGGUAUUCAAAUCGCGUGUCAUCAAGCAAGCCUCAUGACCUCAUGGCCUCAUGGUUUAUUGAUAGUCAUUAUUAGGGCUUAGCGUUUAUUGCGGAAAAUCACGCUAAUGAUCUAAUAAAAUAACGAAUUGCUCCAUAAUUUUAUUUCGCGAUUUGGAUUCGAAACUUUGAGAGAAUUAUAUAUAUGUAUAUUCCAAUUUAAUAAGAUAUUACAUACAUGAUUGUGUGCCAUGAUACAGAAAUAAUUGUACAAAUAUAAAUACGUAAAAUAAUAUAAAAAA